GGUAUUUGAUUUCACGUGUGAGAAACAUGGCGACCUUCGGUGAGCCAGUGGCGGUAUCAAAUAAUGGUGACUUACUCGCAUAUUCAACCCCCGAUGGUCGUUUGAAAUUGUGGGAAACGGCCUCAGGAAAGCUCAAGCAAGAGUACACACCUAGUUCUCAUCUCUCCGCGACUUGCACAUGCCUGUCUUGGGGACCUACGCGUCACGACUUUGCAUCCCCGAAAAAGAAAAAGCGACAAAAAACAAGCAACGAUGUGGCAUCGACAAUAUCGGAAGUGGGUCUUCUUGCAAUGGGUACAGCAUCCGGGACGGUUUUGCUCUACAGUGUGGCCAAGGGGGAUUUGCAUGCAGAGUUGUCUGACGGGCAUAGCGACACUGUCAAUGGCUUGUCCUGGCACCCCGAGUCAGACUUCCUUUUCAGUUGUUCAGAUGACCAGCACAUUGUACAUUGGAGUGUGUCAAAGUACAAGGUUAAAAGUAAAUGGAAGGCAGAUAGAAGAAGCGUCUACGCUGUGUCUGUUGUUGACUCUCAGACGCUUCUCUCCGCAAGCAGCAGCAUUAAAUGGUGGAACAUCGAGACACAAACAGUCAUCAUGAAAUUCACCGGACACAUAACAGAGGUCCGGCAUUUGCUACCGGUCAUCUUACCCAACAAGGAUAAGAAGUAUUUCUUGUCAUCUGCCGUUAAUGACAGGCAGUUAAGCGCAUGGACACUGCAGGAAGGCAGCAGCACCUCUUCAUUAGCAUCUUUCACAUUGUCAGACGAGGCGAGACAUCUAACGGUUUCUCAAGCAGACGAAAAUGGACAGGUUGUUUACUUGUCAGCUGUGACUAGGAGUGGUCUGCUGCACAUGUUUGAGCUUCAGCUAAAUGGGAAGUGCAAAACACCGGUGCAGCCGAAGUUCACUGUACAGAUUGCAUCUGACACAAGGAACGGCCAGUCUGAGAGGCCCCAGUCCUUGCCCAUUCUGGCAGCACAUCUCGUGCCGGACGACCCCGGCUCGGUGUUGCUCUGCUACGGGACCUUCCUGCGGCCUUCGUUCGAACGACUCAGUAUCACAGACAAUUUCCAGACACAGACGUGGUUAGUGCGGCAACUCCAGUCACAGUCCACAUCGAAACAGGAGGUGGAAUCAUCUGUGGUGAAGCAGCCACAGAUUUCCAGCAAAGAUGUCAAGAGCUUAGCCCCGGGGCAUAUGACACCCAGUGUGUCAACUGUCAAGACCAAGACUCCGGUUAGCAAGCUUCCUAUGGAGGAGAGGCUGAAAGUCCUGGACUCUGAAGAAUGGGAAGAAAAGGACGAAAGGGAACCACCUCGCGCGGACAACCUCUGUCAGCUGCUGAGUCAGGGAUUGCAGAGUGACGACGAUCGCUUGCUCAGUAGCGUGCUCGAUAGGUCGGAUGAAACACUGAUCAGGAACACAGUGCGUAGGCUACCCAUCACAAGUGUGCUGGCCUUGCUCAGAGAACUGCACAAGCGUAUGCAUCGAAGGGGGGCAAGGGUGUCCACGUACAUGAAAUGGAUAAAGACCAUCAUAGUUGUUCAUACUUCCUUCCUCACAACCUGCAAGGAGGCAACGACGCUGCUCAAUCCACUUGUGGAGCUGUUGGAAGCCAGGACAGAGGUGUUUGACAAGCUGUGCCGGCUACGGGGUCGGUUAGAUCUCAUCAUGUCCCAGGUGACAGGUAGGAAUGAGGACAGCCUACAAGAGUUGCCAUCACAACCACUUUGUGUUCUUCAAGAAGAGUCGUCUGAUGAAGAGAUGGAGGGCUCUGAAGACUCUGAAGAUGAGGAUAUGUGGGGUCUUUCCAAUAAUAAGAAAGGGCAAGAGGAGGAGGAAGAAGACAUGGAUAGCUCAAGUCAGGGAGAGGAGGAUACAGAUGAGGAGAGGCAGGAGGAUGAGGACAAGGAUUCUGUGGAUGCAUAGCAACACAAAGGGGGCAAAUGAGUGCCUUGGCUGGGCAGACAUAGAGGAAACGUCAAACGUGCAGAGAAGUGGACAUUGAGUUGGACCUCAAUCCCCGUGUGGUCUUGCGGAAACGUGAUCCAGAGUGCUUUCCUCUAUGCAGAGUUCGGGAACCUGUGUUUGACGUAACGUGAUGUGCUACCAGGGCAGAUCGUGCUUCGUACACGGGCCUCCCUUCCAGAGUACUCCUUGUAAUGGUUAUGAUAGUUAAAAUAGCCACCUGAUGGUUACAAGUAGUGAUUGGGUAAAUUUGUUGACCGACCAGCAAAGCAAAGCCUUUUCUAUGUUUACCUUAAAACGUUUGCGUGAGAUUCAAGCGAUGGGAGGUUACUGCAUGUUUGAAAUAUUUCUGCUUUGUAUGUAGUUGUACACCGACAGUGUGAUUUCAUAUUUACACUUCAUGUUUUAUGUAGAUAUUUUUUCGCAACAGCAGUGGUGGGUGCCAAGUCAUUUUGUUUACUUUCGUCAUCCGCAUUUUUUCUCUCAAUUUUCCAUGCUCCGCAAAAGGACUUUUUGUGGCACUCUGGAUUUCGUUUCAAACGCGUGUCAUGCUGGCCAAGGCUGUAUGCUGCCAUAUUGUAGGCAAUUGGAGGUGUUCGAUGCCAUAAAGUUGUACAGAACAGCAUUGCAAUUGUAAAGAGGUGGAGCAGAAAGCAUGUAAACAGUAAAAUGGUCAUUUUACAUGA